GGCCGCCGCGCCCAUCCCGAUGGCUGGAGGCGUCUGAGGGGCGGACGGAGGCGGCGGCGGAGCGGGAGCGGGAGCGGGCGCGGGCGCGGGAGUGGAGCAGCCGCCGCGGGACCGGACCGAUCCUCGCCGGCGCACCUGCCCGCAGCGCCCGCGGAGCGGCCCGAGCGCGACCACCUCCAGAGCGGCGGCCGAGGCGGCCGAGGCGGCCGAGGCGGCGGGGCGCGGGCGAGCCAGGCGGGACGAGGCGCCGAGACAACUUUUCAUGCAUUGGAGACCAGACCAGAGCACUUCUGAAUUAAGAUCUGAGAUUCCUUGAGGUAGCAUUGAAGAGCACUAGGACCCGAAGAUGAGUGAACUUGACCAGUUACGGCAGGAGGCCGAGCAGCUUAAAAACCAAAUUAGGGAUGCUAGAAAAGCAUGUGCAGAUGCAACGCUCUCUCAGAUCACAAACAACAUCGACCCAGUGGGAAGAAUCCAGAUGCGCACCAGGAGAACGCUGAGGGGGCACUUGGCCAAAAUUUAUGCCAUGCAUUGGGGCACGGAUUCCAGGCUUCUAGUCAGUGCCUCACAGGAUGGCAAACUGAUCAUCUGGGAUAGCUACACAACAAACAAGGUCCAUGCCAUCCCUCUGCGUUCCUCAUGGGUCAUGACCUGUGCAUAUGCCCCUUCUGGGAACUAUGUGGCCUGCGGUGGCCUGGAUAACAUUUGCUCCAUUUACAAUCUGAAAACUCGUGAAGGGAAUGUACGUGUGAGCCGCGAACUGGCCGGACAUACAGGUUACCUGUCCUGCUGCCGCUUCCUGGAUGACAAUCAGAUCGUCACCAGCUCUGGGGACACCACCUGUGCUCUGUGGGACAUCGAGACCGGCCAGCAGACGACCACAUUCACUGGACACACUGGGGAUGUUAUGAGCCUCUCUCUCGCUCCCGACACCAGACUGUUUGUUUCUGGUGCUUGUGAUGCUUCAGCCAAACUCUGGGAUGUGCGAGAAGGGAUGUGCCGGCAAACUUUCACUGGCCACGAGUCUGACAUCAAUGCCAUCUGCUUCUUUCCAAACGGCAACGCGUUUGCCACUGGCUCGGAUGACGCCACCUGCAGGCUGUUCGACCUUCGUGCAGACCAGGAGCUCAUGACUUACUCCCAUGACAACAUCAUCUGCGGGAUCACCUCGGUGUCUUUCUCCAAGAGUGGGCGCCUCCUCCUCGCAGGGUACGAUGACUUCAACUGCAACGUGUGGGAUGCACUCAAGGCCGACAGGGCAGGUGUCUUGGCUGGGCAUGACAACCGCGUUAGCUGCCUGGGGGUGACUGACGAUGGGAUGGCCGUGGCGACAGGGUCCUGGGAUAGCUUCCUCAAGAUCUGGAACUAACGCCGACAGCAGCAGCUGGACGUCGUGGCGAGUGGAAGACCAUUCCAACCCUGAAGCGUUACAGUGAUAGCAUUUCCAAUCCACCCCUACUAACGUGGACGCCCUGCACCCCCUCAGAACUUCAAAAGGGCAAGACCUUUUCCUUCACUUAUUGCUGAAACCAAGAGCACAAUUCCCAUGAAGAGAAGAAUCUCUGUGCUGUAAACUCAAACAAAUUGUGCAUUCCUCCCGGGACCAUUGUCUUUGUUUUCUUUUUUGUCUUGAAUGAAUUUAAAAGGAAAUACUAUAAUAAACGUGCUAAACAGAAGGUAAACUUGAGUGUAAUUGCGAGGCAGACACACCUUUUCACUAGUUCAUUUGAAUUUUAGGUCAGUGACCCUAUUUUGUGCUGUUCAUGCAAAACAAGUUGAGGAUUUUAUCUUGUAAUCAGUUCUAAAUUUCAGGUUGUGUUUGUAACAAUUCUGCAAACAUUCAUAUUUCCUUUUUAAAAUAUAUUCCUUUACGUUCAGUAGUUACAGAGGAAGAGGGUCUGGUGCAGCCUCUCUGAAAUUGUUAAUGAUGUAAAUUGAGUCCCUUGUUUUUUAUUUUUUGUCUCGUGUCACAUAAUUGUUACGCACAAACACGGCAUAGAAAGGAAGAUGCUAAUAAGGAAAGGAACCAAGCACAUGCUGUGGAUGGUCUUGAAUGCGUGAUGAAUAGUAAACUCAGAUUAGGCACCUUCUGCUCCCCCAACCCGUCCUCCCUACCUUCUCAGUUCAGUUCUUAAUCUCACCUUGGGUUUCCUUGUGAAGUCGGAGGGACGUUCGUAAUAAUAGCCUAACACUACCCUGCGCCCCACCCCCAGCCGUCAGGAACCUCUGUUUUUCAGAGAGGCGCCCGUCCUGUGCUUGGAUAGUCCGUCAAUUAUUUGUGUAUGAAACCAUGUACAAAUCAAUGUUUUGAAAAUAAUGAUCUCAAACUUUCUAAGUUAAAUUUUAAAAAAUUUGAUCGUUUGCCAUAUUGGGUGGGUUUACUCUUAGAAUCGCAUGCUGUAGAAAUGCUCAAAAGCGCAUAUAGGACUCAGUCCUUAGAUGUUCUUUUUCUUUUAAGAAAUAACCUCUUUACAGUGUAACUAACCACUGCGGCUCUGUCCGCUCACGUCUGCAGUGUCGGGGGCAGGGCGGCCCGCAGGCUUCACGCUUGGGCAGCGGGAUCAGUCACUCUUUCUUU